AUGUCCGGUCGCCACUGCCGACCAGAGUCCGGAGUGCCUGUGAAAGAUGUCGGCGCCAUAAAUCUCGGUGUGAUCCUGUUCGACCUUGCUCGGUAUGUAUCAGAGCCAACGUCGAUUGCCGACCACUUCCAACGACUCGACCACGGAGGGCCACUCUGCCAAAAUGUCAGGCGCCUGGGUUCCAAAAGAAACCCGCCAACUGAGCGACAUCGAUCUGAUUUAUCUCCACUGACUCCUACCGAAAAGUCACCGGAUGAGAAUGAUCGUGGUCGCGGUGAAAGAAUCCCCGAGCAAGAUAGAUUGAUAGAUGCACACCCUAGGGGCGAUGAUGCUGACUUUCCCGCUGGAGGGGAGAAUAUGCCUCCGUCUCUCAACUGCGGCGAAGCUGAAUCCGCCAUAGGAAUUGCUCGAAGAAUUUGUCAACUUGGCAGCCAUAACAUUGAUGAACAAACCACAUCCGCCAUACCUGGCUACCAGGCCAGCACCGGUGGUUCGAUGGCAAAUUCGGCGACAGGCCAACGCAUUCCAAUAUCUUCCAUCUUGAGCCGGCCGUUCCCUCCUAUGGAGCUUGUGUACAGUCUGUUGGAACAUUAUUUUGAUGCCGUACACUGGUUCUCUCUAGCCAUCUACGAGCCAAAAUUCAGAAAGAGCCUAGACUCCAUCGCGGAUGGUUCUGCAUAUCCUUCCCAAAGACCCUUUCUCGUGUUAUUGGCUAUGAUGCUUGGAAUGGCAUCGUGGUACCGAUCUCAGAGGAAUUGCACUGAUCCGGCCGACAAUAACGAUGACAUGAAGAAAUUGAGUGCAGACUUGUUGGGGUUGGUUGAGUCAAAUCUGGUGGAGUUAAUGGAUCAACCUUCGGUCACCUCGGCCCAGACCUGCAUUCUCCUAGGAUCGCAUCACGUCUAUCAUGGCCGUCCAAAUCUCUCCUUUUCUUUAUUAGGAGCGACUAUAAAGAUGGCACAGUCUUUAGGAAUGCACCGGGGCCUUCUACGGGGGGAUUUCGAAAAUAUCGAGGAACGAAAAAGAGUAUGGUGGACGAUUUACACAUGGGACAGGUUCGCGUCAAUCACCUAUGGCCGGCCAUUGGGCAUCAACGACAAGGAUUGCAAUCUUGACAUGCCAGCGGAUGUGUUCGAGAACCCGAAUUUUGUUUCUCCAGCCCUCGGUCAGGCUAACCCCAUAUGCUAUUCAACCUACCAGCGGGAGCUAAACCAGCUCUACUUGAUUGCGUCGCCUGCCCUCAAGACCGUCUUCGGGUCACGUACUCUGAGGACGUCCAAACAGCUAAACGGUGACACAUAUUUUGCACUAGUCAGGCACGUCACCGAGAACCUCCAAAAAUGGCGAUCCUGCCUACCAAGCCAUUUGGCUUUGGAUCUUAAUCGGGACUUCGACCCCGAUGAUAGGCCAAGCUUGAGGGCAUACGCCCUGCAGUCUCUGUCGCUACAACUGACUUGCGACAAUGUUCUCAUUGUACUGCAUCGACCUCUGUUAGCACGGCAGGUUGAUCAUCUCUAUACCGUGAAUGAGCAAAUACCGGAGGGAAGCAGAACAGAUAAUAUUAUGUAUCAUCCGGCCACCGAUCCCUCUGUGGCCCAGUCGAAUUUAUCUCCCGACUCCGGAUUUCCCAAUAACCAGACCACAACUCCGGAUCUAUGGAUGAAUGCCGCAACAAGAACAUCGAGGGUGACAGAAUUGCCGGCUCUAGCACAGCUCGCCACUGACAGCCACCUCUGCGCAUUUCUUGCCAUCAACUUAUUCAAUGCCGCGAUUGUGUUGGCUGUGAUGGCUCUCUCGGAGCCUCUUUCCGAUACCGCGCAGGAAGUGAAGCGAACGAUUACUCGCAUUCUUCGUCUGCAAGAUCUGCUGGGAAGACGGUCUGCACUAUCGAAACAAAGCACGGCUGUGCUGAAGAAUGUUGUUAUCAUGCUCCUACGUCGUGAAUCGGCUGCCAUGCUUGCUCCCGUCACCGCGACAAGCCAAGUAAUGGGUCACCAGCCUUUACAGACAUUGGCAGAUCCGUCGUUGAUUUCGGUUGAAGACACACUUCGAAUGCCGCUAGAUGCGACAUGGGAUUCUCGCAAUCCCCUUGCUAGAGACCAACGUCUGCCGGACCUCAGCAGGGCUGAUCGCCUGAACAAUAGCUUAACAUCUGUCCAAUAUGCUUUGGGUCCAGGAGAUCGCUCCACCGGAAUUCCUACUGGUGGAGAUAGCCUUCAACCCCGCGAAUUUGUUGAGCCAGGCAUACAGGCACAUGAAGUAUGGCAGCUGCCAGCAGAAUACGAUUGGAAUAUGCCUGGUCUGUCUCGGGAACCCGUUGAAAACACUACUCAGGAUAGCGUUGAAGGUGGGUUGUAUUGGUUAUGGGAUAUGACGUGGAAUGGAGUCGGAGGGUAA